CUGGGUUUUUAGUGUUCUUGAGUGAACGUCGAAAUUUUAGCUGACAAAGAAUUACUUUUAUGGUGCUAAAAAGCUGAAUAGAAAAGAAGAAAAGCAAAAUGCUUCUGAAACUCGGAACGACUCUGUCAACUAAAUCUCACGAAGUCCUGAGGUGUCUGAGCGCUUCGAAGAGAUGGUCUUCAUCAGCUUCCCAAGGCAUAUUCUUGAACACCUCGCAAAGAGAAGUCGUCAGUCCCAGAAAGGCGAGGAAGGCUUCGGAAAUACCUGGUCCCAAGCGAUGGCCGUUGAUUGGUUCCUUCUACAGCAUAGCUACGGAGAGUGAUUACCCUCCAGACAAGAUCCAUUUAUACUGGGACGACUGCUUCAAGAAAUACGGACCGAUAUUCCGACUAGACACACCCGGCCAGAAGCCGACAGUCUUCAUCUAUCUGCCCGAACACGUGGACAAGUUACUGAAACACACGCCAGAGAGCGAGAGAACCGUCUUCAAGAUUAUUUCUCUGGUGAGGAACGCCGAUGAGACGGGCUCGUUCGCCAAGAAUGAAGCAGGGCUCCUGUUUGAAGGUCAUGAGCAAGGAGGGAGACUUCGAAAACUGACUCAGGGACCAACAAUGAAAAUGAAGAUUUUGAGUCAGUACCUUCACAAGAUGGAUUCAAUCAGUCUGGAAUUCCUCGACAAGAUUUAUGGAUUAAGAGACGAGAACAACGACCUUCCAGAAGACACACUUGAUCAUAUUUUUCACUGGGCAAUGGAAAGCUUGUGUCUGGUAACCUUCAGCAGAAGAAUCGGAUGCUUCGAGGGUUCCGAGGAAAGCGCGCAAAUCAUACAGGAUAUCCACAACUUUCUGAUUUCCGUUCGAGAAGUAGCGUUUGAAUUCGGAAACCUGUGGCAGUGGUUCCGAACACCAGCCUACAGGAAAUUUGAGAGAGCUCACAACAAAAUUCUGGAGUACGUCAGAGAAGUCGUUGAGAAUUCAAAGGUUACGCUCAAGUCGAAGUUGGAAGACGACAAAGAUCUCGAUUUGAUCGAAACGCUUCUCGCCACCCCAGGAAUGAAACUGAGCGAUAUGUACACGUACUUGGUGGAUUUCCUUGCUGCCGGGAUCGACAAUACAUCCGCAACAGUCGCCUUCACAGUGCUGAACUUGGCGAGACAUCCAGAGAAGCAAGCCAGAGUCCAAGACGAACUGGACAGGGUCCUCGGCAAGGAGGUGGACGAGCUGAAACCUCACCAUUUGAGCCAGCUGUCGUAUCUGAAGGGAGCCGUUAAAGAAACUCUGAGACUGAAUCCGGUGUCUUUUGGGAUCAUAAGAGAACCAGAGAGCGAUGUUGAGAUUGGAGGCUACACGAUUCCUGCUGGGUUCGCUGUUUUCGUACUGACCAAACAAUCUGCCAUGAUGGAGGAGCAUUUCCCAAAACCUACGGAAUUCCUGCCAGAACGCUGGCUUCGUGACCGACCGAUGGGUUCUAUCAAUCCCUUCGCUUCCAUACCUUUCGGCAUAGGGCCUCGCAGCUGCAUUGGCAGAAGACUUGCUGAACAGGAAAUGUAUACGCUACUUGCCAGGAUGUUCCACAAGUACAACUUCGAGUGGCGACACGGAGACGUUGGCACUAGGAUGAACUUGCUCCUCCUGCCUGAUAAACCUCUGAGGUUCACGAUGACGAAGAGACAGUGAAACUCUCCCUCGGAAUGCUUCCGAUUUCAUGAUUCUCCUUAUCUUCAUUUUCCGUUUUUAUCCCAUGCUUUAUUUAUUUAUCUUUCAGUGACAAUACGGUCUCUGUUAUCUCUCUCAUUAUUUUGUAAAACAGCUGGGAAAACUUUUAAGUUUUCAUUUAAUUUCAGUGCUUUCUGCGCUGUAGCGAAGUGGAGUAACUACGAUUUACGUUUUAUUUCUUAAAAUUUAGUUGCAAAAAUAGCUAUUCAUCAGUAGUCAAUAAAUGUUAAUUCAGAGACAA